AUGAGCGACCUCACACAUGCACUUACUGCCGAGGCGAAAGCCGCAAUGGUCGCGAAUCUUCAGCUAGAGAUUGCCGCGCGUCAAGAGAAGCUGCGUGCCCAAUGUGAAGCCCAAUGCGCCAGUCUUCGAUCACGCCUCGAGCGACGCGUCAACCGUAUUCCCCCCACCAAGCGACAGAUGCUGCUUGUCGACCUCCUCGACGCGUCACUUCCAGCAGCAAAACCUACUCUUGCGAAGACUGCACCUGCGAAUAAAGCCCCUGCACCUGCGCCCGCCACACGCAAGACGCGCACCGUACCUCCUGCCACCUCAUCAAGGUCAGCAGCUCCCAAGGAAGAGCCGAAGCCUGCUGUCGCCAAAACCGCCCCAAAACCUACAAUCACCAAAGAAAUGAAAUCUACCCGUGGAAAGAAGCGCGGCAGCGACGAAGUGUCUAGCGAGGAUAAGGAGAACGCAGCAGAACUUGCCGUUCCCAAGAAAAGAGUCAGAACGGCUACGACAAAAGCGCCAGCAGCUGCCAAGCCAGCAGCCACUACGCGCACGACGCGCGCUGCUUCCCGCACCAAGACGGCUCCAACUCAAGUCUUGUCACCAAAGAACAACAACGCCAACGCUCGCUCAAAGCCAGCGGCAGCGCGCAGCACUCGGCCACGAUAG